AUGCUACACCGGCUCGACGGCGACCUUGACAUUAAACAUGUUAAAGCACGACCAACAGAAAAGUGUCCAUAAACCAGAUGCCACAUAUUUGAUGUCAGUUGCUAUAUAUGCUAUGAUGAUGGGAAUGUUUGAUGCAACCUCGCUGAUGGGGAUCUCCACCACCACAGCUCUAAUCUUUGUCAGCGUUUUCCUGUUGGUGUUUUGGAUCCUUCGCCGUCAUUUAUCAACACGCAAUCUCCCGCCUGGGCCUUGGGCGUGGCCACUACUUGGCAACUUGCCAAAUCUGAUUGCCGCUGGUGGUGGUGAAGCACACGAAAUUUUUCUGAGAUUGUCUAAGAAGUAUGGGCCUGUUCUGCGCCUAGAUAUGGUGGGUGGAAAGCGCAUCAUCGUUCUCCAUGGCUACGAGGCAAUCUCCAAAGCUUUCAGCAAUCCACUCCUUAAUGAUCGACCUGUGUCUCCGAUAUCCCAGAGCCCUGGCAUAGGUGUCAUCACAGCAUCUGGACAGGGAUGGAAGACUCAGAGAAAUUUGGUCCUGAGGUUCAUGCGAGACUUUAGCAUUGGGAAGUCGGGUUUUGAGGGCUCCAUUGCGCAAGAAGUCAACACACUGAUCCAGGAAUUUAAAAAGACGAAGGGGAAACCUGUGAAACAAGAGUAUCUUUUCUGCAACGCACUCGCAAACAUCAUCUGCUCGGUUGUGUAUGGCACAAGAUAUGACUACAAUGACCCUAAAUUCAAGGAGCUUCUCCAUCACACCAUUCGCAUCUUUGAACUUCUUGGCUCAGGCGGUGUCCUCUUCUUCAUGCCGUUCGUCAAUGUGAUCGCCAGAUUCAUACCGUCCCUCAGGGAGAUUAUUCAGCAUUCCAAGCAAUACAACAUUUUUGUUGAUGAAGCCCUCCUCUGGCAUCAAGCAGACUUUGAUCCACACAGUGCCCCAACAGAUUUUCUGUACUUGUGUCUGAACAGCAAAUACUGGACCCAAAAUAAGAAUCUCGGUAUGGGCCACAUGAUGACAACAUCAGGGGACCUCUUCUUUGCAGGUACAGAGACCACUGCCUCCACGCUGCGAUGGAGUCUUCUGUACAUGAUGGCUAACCCUGAGAUACAAGCUCGGGUUCAGGCAGAAAUUGACUCUGUUGUUGGUCGGGAUCGCCUCCCACAGAUGUCUGAUAAACCAAACCUCCCGUACACCGAGGCUACCAUUCUUGAGGUCCAGCGCAUCAGCAUGAUCUUGUCCCUUGGUGUACCCCACAAGGCUGCUGAAGACACAACACUCAUGGGCUACACCAUCCCAAAAGGAGCCAUCCUGCUACCAAACUUCUGGGCUUUGGGGCGUGACCCAGAGGUGUGGCAUGAGCCACACCUAUUUAAACCGGAGCGGUUUCUGGACAAGGAUGGUUGCGUUACCAGAAAGGAUGAGUUUGUGCCGUUUAGUGCAGGACGUCGGAUGUGCCUGGGAGAACCGCUAGCCAAGAUGGAGCUUUUCCUUUUCUUCACUGGCCUUCUGCAUCAGUUCACCUUCCAGAGACCCGAUGGUGCUCCCCCGAUCUCCUUCAAGUCCACGGCCGGAUUCACAUUUGCCCCCGUGCCAUAUGAAUUCUGUGCAAUUGUCCGUACUUAGCCUUUUGAAAGGCCAUCUUGAUCAGAUGGGAUCAAAACCUUGAUUGCAUACCGUGACCUUAGAUUAGCUGAUCAGAAAUAGAGACCUGUAGCUUUAUUUCUGUGAAAACGUGUUACUAAAGAUAAAAAGAUUUUUGACUAUAUAGCGUAACCGCUUUUGGAGAUCCCAAUUCCCUUCCUCAGAUGUGAAGAUUAGCAAGCAAAAGCACGCAGGAUAUGGCCCCUCAAAAGUAGUGCCGGGACAUUCAAUGAUGCAAUGACAUACAAGCUGUCAAAAUGAUUGACUGGUUGAUUCAUAAAAAUCACAACUUGAUUUAUGUUAUUGUGAUUUGACAAUGGAUAUGAUUGUCAGAUUUCGAUCCAGCAUUAUUUAAUUCUGUUUUUUUUCUAUUCUACAUGGUAAAAGACAUCACCAAAUAAAACGUCAAAGACCUAAUAAUUGGGUUUACACAAAUUACGAUCAAAAUUACAAGUUUAUACGUGUACAUACCCCUAAAUAUGAGCACCUCAGCAUUCUAAUUAAGUUCAAAUCAUUAGUGAGGUUUUGUGAAAAUUAUAUCCUGAAACUGAAAUGUGAUAUCCUUAUGAAAUACUUUCUACUGAAAUGACUUUUGCCAUGAGAAAACGAAUGUAACUACAGUGUGUAUAGUGUAUACUGUAAAUAGCAUUAGUAUUAGCCUGGAGAACUAUAUUGCCGGCAGCUGAAGAUAAUUGUUGUUAGUCACUAAGGAGUGUCAUAUUUAAAUAUAUUUUGUUUUGUACACAUUUCGUUAUCGGUGUUGGGGUAUCUUACAGAUACUGCUGUGAGUUAGCUAGUUUGUCUAUAACAAAAACUACUGGACCGAAUCGGGCGAUGUUGGUUCCAUUUUUCUUCUAAAAAGAUUCUCCACGCGAUGGUAUAGGCCUACAUGUAUGUGGUUUGAGUCUCAAGGUAGUAGAAGUACAGUGUAUGUCAUUCCGGUCUUUUUGGGGACCAUAUGAUUAUAUAGCGCACAGUUAUUAGGCAGGCUGUCAUCCGGUGAGGCACUCACGCCCAUAGCCUUCGAUAAUAACAAUGCAAAUCAGCUAGUAGAGUGUUAGUCGACUAUCAAGAGAAGUGAAUUAUACUUUUAUAAAACAGUAUAAUUAAGGACGAACUUAAUUCCUUAAGUGUUUAUAAGCCAAAACUAGCACAGUAUAUUGUACAAAUUGCCUGGCUGCGCGUUACAUCCCUAACAGCAGUUUAAUGCCACAUUAUUAUGUAGUGUAAAAUGGUAGUGUAAAUGGCAGUGUAAAAGAAUGGACUGAAAUACACCAUGUUGAGGAGUCUUUUUUGUACAGUACGUUGUAUACAGGGUAAAAUAAAGUUUCACAUGUUUUAAGUGG